AGGGGUAGAUUCGAGAUACAAAAUGGCGGCCUGGAGCGUGUUGGGUGCCGUUGCCCCGGCGGUCUCUGGCUGAGCGGACGGCUCCCUCCCUCACUGCCGAACACAGAGAGACGAGGUCCCCGGGGGACAUGGUGUUGGAGACUCUGGGCUUGCUGACCACCAAGUCCUCCGAGAAUCUCGGCGCCCCGGAAGCGACCAGGCGCGCUCAGCCGGGCGACCCGCUUCAGACCCGAGCGCCGCGGCCGCGACCUCGCGCCUGCUCGCUGCGGCGCACCCGGGCUUCGCCGCGCCCACGACCCAGCGAGUACCGCGGGGGCCGCCCGGAGGUUCAAAAAAAUGGCCAAAAGAAUUGCCGAGAAGGAAUUGACAGAUAGGAAUUGGGAUCAAGAAGAUGAAGCAGAAGAGGUGGGAACAUUCUCAGUGGCCAGUGAGGAAGUCUUGAAGAAUAGAGCCAUAAAGAAAGCAAAACGUAGAAAUGUUGGAUUUGAAUCUGAUAGUGGAGGGGCCUUCAAAGGUUUUAAAGGUCUGGUUGUACCUUCUGGAGGAGGAGGGUUUUCUGGAUUUGGUAGUGGUGCUGGAGGAAAGCCUUUGGAAGGACUGUCAAAUGGGAACAGUAUAACUAGUGCACCUCCCUUCACCAGUACAAGGGCAGCAACCGAGACCAAGACAGCCUUCGGAUCUAUUGCUGCAAAUGGCCCUACCUCCUUGGUUGAUAAAAAGAUUUCAAAUCCCAAAACUAAUGGUGACAGCCAGCAGCCCUCCUCCUCUGGCCUCACCUCGAGUACAGCCCACCGCGGGAAUGCCUACCACAAGCAGCUGGCUGCCCUAAACUGCUCCGUUCGGGAUUGGAUAGUGAAGCACGUGAAUACAAACCCGCUCUGCGACCUGACACCUAUCUUUAGAGACUAUGAGAAAUACUUAGCAAGUAUUGAGCAGCAACAUGGGAGCAGUGGCAGCAGUAAUUCUGAAAAUGAAACCAACAAAAUGUCAGUUGAAACACAAUCUCCUUCCCUGUUUGGUUCAACAAAAUUACAGCAAGAGUCAACAUUUUUGUUUCAUGGCGACAAAACGGAGGAUACAUCUGAAAAGAAGAUGGAGGCUGUAUCUGAAAAGAAAACGGACCCAUCACUAGGAGCAACAAGUGCCUCCUUUAAUUUUGGCAAGAAAAUUGAUAGUUCUAUUUUGGGCUCAUUAAACUCUGGCCCCUUGACUGGAUUUUCAUUUUCUUCUGGAAACUCCAGUUUAUUUGGCAAAGAUAGUACCCAGAAUAAACCAGUUUCUUCACCAUUUUCUACUAAAACAUUGGAGAGCCAAGCAGAAGGUAGCAAUAAUGAAUGCAAAGGUGGUGAUGAAGAGGAGAACGAUGAGCCGCCCAAAGUAGUAGUUACUGAAGUAAAAGAAGAAGAUGCUUUUUACUCCAAGAAGUGUAAACUAUUUUACAAGAAAGACAAUGAGUUUAAAGAGAAGGGCGUAGGUACUCUGCAUUUAAAACCUACAGUGAAUCAGAAGACACAGCUUUUAGUGCGAGCAGACACCAAUUUAGGCAACAUAUUGCUGAAUGUUCUGAUUCCACCCAAUAUGCCAUGCACCCGAACAGGGAAAAACAAUGUACUUAUUGUCUGUGUUCCAAAUCCUCCCAUCGAUGAGAAGAAUGCCACCAUCCCAGUUACCAUGUUAAUUCGGGUGAAAACAAGCGAGGAUGCAGAUGAGUUGCACAAAAUUUUACUGGAGAAGAAGGAUGCCUGAACACACUUCGACUGAGGAAUUGUUGCCAAGUUGCUGCUUCGCCCACCGCCCCUUAAACUUAGUCAGUUUUUCUUCUCUUCUUUCUUUGACAUUCUGAGAACCUAUAACUUAAAACUUUUGUGAGGAAGAUUAAUAUGGCCAAUAAAACCUUUAAUGUUAAGUGUCAAGAAACUGUAUUCUCCCUUCUUAAGAACUGUCUAAUGUGUAAAAUACAUUUGAAAGAAAUUUUUUGGAAGAUUUUUAAUGUUCAUUUAUUAAACCAACCACAAGUGA